AUAGCUACAAAACAACGACCCCCGAAAAGACCGUCGCAUGUAUUUAUUCUACGUGUUAGUCAUGUAUUCUAAACGUUGACGAUAUCUUUUAUUUACUCGUCUCUGUUUAAAAUAAGGAUGCAAGACGAAAAUGAACCUAAGUCAGUAUCUGGACGCAGAUGGUGGCCCUCAUGGCGGCCCACCUCUAUAUCAAUUUUAAGGAACACAGAAGCCAAGAUCCUUGACUGUGUUCAAAAUGACUUGUGGGCUCGAUUUGUGUCACUACCCAACCAAGACCGGAUUUGGACACUUACUGUUACCAACAAGAACCUGCUUAAAGCUCCAAAGCCUGUAGCACAGACACCUCUCGUGAUGGUUCAUGGAUUUGGCGGAGGGGUAGGUUUAUGGAUACGUAACCUAGACCCUCUGUGUCACUCUCGGCCCCUGUUUGUGUUUGACUUGCUGGGUUUCGGACGCAGCUCCAGACCUCACUUCCCUAUGGACCCAGCUCUGGCAGAGGAGCAGUCAGUCAGCUCUAUAGAGCACUGGAGGCAUGCCCUUGCCAUUGAUCGCAUGAUUCUAUUGGGUCACAGUCUGGGCGGUUACUUGGCAACAUCCUAUGCCAUUCAAUACCCUGAGAGAGUCAGUCACCUGAUUCUAGUGGACCCCUGGGGCUUCCAACACAUGCCUCUGGAUGCAACCUCAGGAUCUGCAAAGUCAGGCUUUCCUCGCUACAUUGAGGCUAUAAUGUGGUUUUUUGGUCUCUUUAACCCACUUGCUGUCAUUCGGGCUGCAGGACCCUUGGGACCGAAGUUAGUCAACAGACUCCGUCCAGAUUUCAAUAGGAAGUUCGAGGAUCUAUUUGAUGAUGACACUAUGACACAAUAUCUUUAUCACUGCAAUGCCCAAACUCCCAGUGGGGAGGUAGGGUUCAAGGCAAUGUCGGAGUCCAUUGGCUGGGCCAAGCGGCCUAUGUUAGAUCGGGUCCACCUCCUGCCCCCCUCCCUCCCAGUGACCCUGGUGUACGGAGGCCGCUCCUGGAUGGAUAGCGCCACAGGGGCAAGGGUCGCGGAGCAGAGGCCUAACAGCUACACCCGCACUGUGGUGAUAGAGGGAGCUGCACAUCAGGUCAAUGCCGAUCAGCCUGAGGAGUUCAACAAGGUCGUGCAGAGUAUCUGUGAUAGUGUAGACUAAGAGGUGUGGUUGUGACUAAGUUAGUGCUUUGCUACGGGAUGUUGUACAUCUUGUUGACAGCGGCUGUUAGGGUUCGUGCCAACCAUUAGUCUUUUUAAAGUCUUCCCUUUACAAGAGGCUGCCUUGACUUGUCGUGACUUGUUGAUCUUGAAAGUUUAAUGAAAGGGACUGUCAUUAAUAUGUCUGAAUGUGAACAAAAUAAAUGUUGCAUGCUAUGUACAUAAAGUAUGUUUAUUUUAGGGGUUAGUGCAUGCCUGUAAUUGUUGUUGAUGUCAAUUAAAUCAAAUAUUUCAUAGAACCUU